CUCAUCUCUCUGCUUAACAAUCCCAUACAUACUUCCGGGUAAACAACCCUAUCCCCUCUGCAGCACCCACCCACCCCCUCGCCCGCCCACCUCGGCAUCCCUGGCGCUGGCAACAGUCGCCCCAACAAACCUCCCCGCCACCCGCUCCAUCGACCUUCCCGUCCAUCAUCUCUAUCCUCCAUUGGCUAUAGUCAGCACCCCUAUACUCUGCGCUGCUCCCCCCUCCGCCAAGGGGACACCGGAGACUCAGAGACUACCAGCUACAGUACAGAUCGACACUGUGCCUAGGUCUACACAGCAACUAGCAACCAAACACGGCUCCGCAUCAACCUAAUAGAUAAACAAUCCCAUCACCUCAUCCCAUCCCUUCUCCCUCUCUCGCCACCACACAUCAUCUUUGGUAUGCCGUCUCCUCCCGCUCAGCCGGUGCCCACGCGUACCACGCGCUCAUCUAAUCCCCAUCCCUCCAAUCCGCCAAGAACGGGAGCAUCUCCCAUGUCAUAUGGGGCCAUGACCGGGAUCAGCUUCACAAACGGUGGCGGAUUCUCUUUCGAAGGCAAACCAAAGAGCUUCAAGUGGGGCAACGGGGGUAUGAUGGGCAGUUUUGGUGCGAAGUAUUAUGGCGAUGCUGGUGGUGACUCGCCAAUGAUCCCCUUCUCAUCGUCCAUCACCAUGGAGCCCUCCUCGUUUGCCGCAUCCGCCCAUGCGUUCGGCCUGCCGCCAGGCUCACUGUCAUCGAGCUAUCACCGCAGAUCAUAUGCUGCGGCUGUGUCGGGAAGAGAAGCAGCCAACCUCUCUACAUCUUUCGCCUCCAUGUCUUUCCAGCCAAUGUCCCUCGGCACCUCCUACAAUCGCUCUCAAGUCCAAGGCCUCAUGCGUUCCGACGCCGAGCUCACCAAAGCAUACGAAUGUUGUAAUAAGACCCACUCUGGGCUGCAUGCGUUACUAGAGCAUGUCGAGGACUGCCACCCUUUCGCCGACCCCAAUAUGCAGCCGGAGGAUACUUUCUCCCCGGUGACACACGCCAUGGACCUUGACCUUGAAGAUGUGGAAGAAGAGUCGGUGCCAGUGCCCGCUUCGGGCUCGUCCCACGCGAGCCUGUCUCCGCAUUCUGCCGCCCCUGUCCCUGUCCCCAACUAUCCCCUGCCCAAGGCCAGCCCGACAGACAUUGGCACCAACAAGUCGCCACUCAAACUCUCCGAUGUGCUGAAGUCUCCGCCUGAUGGUGAAACGUUGGUCCGCCCUUCCAACCUGACCCUUACGCGUACUCAAUCUUCCUCCUCCUCGCCACCCGAAGGCUCUAUCGCCACACCCACCGCUUCCACCCAUCCUUCUCCCAACUUCAUAGCUCCAAAAAUGAACCCAUCCAGGCCUGCGUUCCUUGGUUCCAACGCCAUGCGGCCAGCACUCUCUCAGAAGAGGUUUGACAGGGCGUUCAACGAGGUGGUGGCAGGCAAGAAGGACGAUGACAAGUCGGAUGUGCCUACGGCCGUUGCACCGGGUGUGCUGUUUGCGAGUGCCGUCUCGAGUCUGGGAAUCCCUACCGUGCCGCCUGGAACCAAGACAGAGCAGCCGGCUACUCCUGCUCCUAAAGAGGGCGAAACGUCAACUCCUACAGAAGCCCCGAAGGCGCCUUCGGCUGCGUCGACCCCAGGUAGUGUCGACCCUGCUAUCAAACCCGCCGGGACUCCCACCAGUGCUGCGCCCACCACGCAAAACAAGGGCAUUGAAGCUGCCCUUCCCCAGCCGAGUCUGUUCUCUUCCCACAAACCUUGGAGAUGCCCCAAUCCUGGGUGUAACAAGGCGUACAAGCAGAGCAAUGGACUCAAGUAUCAUCAGCAGAAGGGACAAUGCGACUUUGCGAUCCAUGAUGCCGUCGACCUUGGUUUGACGCUGGAAGAGGCGGAGGAGAGGAACAGGCCUUUUGUGUGUGCAGUUGGUGCGGGGUGUACCAAGAGGUACAGGCAGAUGAAUGGUCUCAAGUAUCAUUACCUGAACUCUGGCGAGCAUGGUCUCUACGGACUGCGUAUGCUCCAAAACGGCACCCACCCUCACCCACCGUCCUUGCCCGCUCCUCCUGCCAAAGCCCGCCCCACACCUCUUCCCAGCUCGACCGCCCAUGGCAAUGCCCCUAUAUCUCGGCCCACUGGUGCACCCUACGCCAUCCCAUCACAUGCCAAUCACGCCCCACAUCCCGGACAGCAAGGGCGUGUCGUUGGUCAGGGACCUGGACACCAUCCUAACGGUCAUGGACCUCCUCGAAUGGGCACUUGGCCUGCUCAAAGGCCCGCAAAUGGUGUGUCCGUUCCCAAUCCGCGCCCCAAUGGUCAUCCCCACCCUCCGCCUAGACCACAAGCAAGACCUCCUCCUCAGCCGCAGCCUCAGCCUGUCACCAAAGGCCGCGAUGCGGUAUUGUUCAGCGCAGUGGGAUCGGAGGAUCCCAUGGACAUUAUGAGUCGGAUGGAUCAGUGAGGUGGCGAUAGUCAAGAGUCGCAUAACUCGACAAAAGUGUACAUCAGGUUCUCUUCUUUCUGGUUUUUGGUUUCGGGUCUACUCUCUGUUUGAUCAGAUGUUGUUAUAACCAAGGGGACUUGUCCCUACAUUCUCUUUCCCUAUAGCCGCUUUAGUGUCUUCUUCCCCUUCGUCAUCCAGCCACCCUCCUCCACUCUCGCAUUUGUUCAUAUGCCCCAACCCAAUCCGUCCAUCACUUAGAUAUCGCAUCUUUCCUUAUUUCUAGUACUCAUCAACAAACCCUCUAUACACGCCGACAAAAGCCCUUACUCUUUCCCCCUUUGCAUUGUUUAUAUAUAUAAUUUCGCCUAGACAAGAUUCGACUUUCGAUCAUCUCUUCAUCUCAUUUCUCUCUCUUGCAACGGAUGUGCCUUUUUCCUUUCUCCUUAAAUUACAAAAGGUUCUCAGCUUGAUUUCGAGUAGUUUCUCUAUUGUUGUGCGACUACGCGGUUAUGACGAGAGCUAUGCAGAUCCGAUCGAAG